AGCGCUUUGUCUUUGCGAGAUAUCCCGUUCCGUCAAGCGGGGGUUCUUUUGCCGCCGACCUAUCGGAUCUAUGUUCAGAGAGUCUUGCAACAUUGCCACUCGCGCCGCUUCUUCGUUACCGACACUGGGUUUAUGGGAUUGGGUCCGGAGGAGACUCAAAUUGGAGACGACGUUUAUGCAAGUGUCGGAGCCAAGAUACCGUUCGUGCUCCGAGAGGUCGACAGCGGUUCUAAGCAGCAGGGGACCAGUCGGUUUCGACUUGUUGGAGAGUGCUAUUUGGAGAGCAGAACGUGGACGAAACUUGAAAGCGAGCCACGGUAUUUCGAUAUUAUAUAA